UACCUUUGUUAUUUUUGCUACUAUUCUGCUACCAAAGUUUCUACGCUUUCCUGUGAUCGAGUUCUGAGUUACAUUCGAAACUUUCAACACUAAGUUCAAGGGACCGAAAUCAAGUAAUUUUAUGUUUUUGUAAUGUUGAUUUCAGUGGGGUGUUCUUCUCGCUUCUUCCUUUCUAGGUUUAGUAUUUUGGAGGAGGUUAGGGUUUUUUAAGGGUGCUAACUUCAUUCCUCCUCCCGACUUCGUGCAAAAAUCAAGGAGAUGUCUUCGGAGGAUAAAAUGAGUGAUGUAGUGGGUGAGGAUGUUAUGCCUUUGGCAUAUAUGGGUAUGGAUGAGGAGAGCAGUCCUUCCAGUUCGGGAAGGACAGGGGAAGGGGUGAGUGCGGAGGAGAGCGUGGGUGAGGGAGACGAUAUUCUCACUAAUAUCAUGGAGGUUGAUAAUGAACUGGGUGGGUGUUAUGAUCCGAAGAUGGGCAUAGUAUCAGAGGUAAGGGAGUAUAAGAGUGAGCUGGGUAGUAGGGGGAGUCUUAGGAACCUUUCCCGUAAUUGUAAUCUUCCUCCCCACGUGUUAAUAAGGCCUGCCGAGGUGAAUGAGAAAGCGUGCUCAACACCCCGUGACCAUUGGAUGCCAAUGUAUGUCCAUUACUUGGCAACAAGGCUUAGUGAGAGGGGGUGGUACUACUUCGGUCCUCAGACAUCCAGCAAGGGGAAUAGGAGUUUAUUCACCCCUGGACCGUCAUCCAUUAAAGGGUGGAAGGAAAAAUUCUUCUUUGUGGAUGACACCGAGUGGAGUAGGAGGGAGGCCGAAGUAGAGUACCUUUCAGCUUGGAAAGUUAAGAAAGCCAAGUUGAAUGAGUAUAAGUUAAAUGAGGAUGAGAAGGAAGAGGUGGAGAAGCUGGUGAGGGAGGAGGGAGAUUUAGUAGAUAUUUUGUACCUCACCAGCUCGGAGGCGAUAAAUGGUGCUGAGCUCUAUGGGCCGAGCUCAUUGAGCGAAGCUGAAAUGGAGAAAUUUUUUAGCUCUGCUGGGGGAGUGGCCAUCUUUAAGAAGCCAAGGAAGAAGUCAAGGACUUCAACUGCGGCAGGUAAGGGGGUGCCUAAGAAGCAGACAACCUCACGCACUUCGGUUCCGGCUUUGGAGGCUCCACCACGGUCGGAUCUUAAGAGGAAGGCCAGUGAGGAGACAAGUGAGGAAGUGCAGCCUCUGAAGAGGAAGAAGAAGGAUCUGCUAGAGGAUUUUGCUAAAGGAGAUGAGGUGGUGGAGUUCGUGCCUUGUCCUCCUCCUAGUAGCCUUUUUAACCCCAAGAACUCGACGGGGGCAAAAAGGUUCCUAAAAGCCACCCUCCCCGCCGUGGAUCAACGCCAGGCGAGAGAAGAGGUGAUGAGCCGAGGUGCGGGGAUAGUGGUCAAGCACGCCUUGGAGAGCGCAAGUUGGGUUAAUGCUCUGGCACACGAAUUUUCUGAAAGUGUGAAAGAGGGUAACAGCUUGCCGAGGCAGUGCGAGGAGCUUCAGAAGGAAAAGGAGGAGAGUGAAAGAGAUACCCUGAGCACCAGGCUUGUGUUCGAAGAGCAGAAGAGAAAGAUAUGUGAGUACACGAUUGAUGCUCAAGAGAAGGAGAUGAAAUGGAUGGAGGAAAGCAUGACCGACUUCAAGAAGAAGGUCGAGGUGAUGGUCCACAACUCAAUGGAACAGCACAUUGUUGGGUUCUUGAAGUCCCAUGCUUUCGAGGAGAUUGUGAAUCUGUACCGACUACCAACUGCCGUCCUUGCCUUCACCGAAUGUAGAAAAAAGCUAAAAGCGAAGUAUCCCGAGGUGGAUGUAACCUUAGUCACAUUCGGUGAGCAAGAGGAAGGAGUGGAAGAAGAUGGUGAGAGUUUAAACGCUGACUUCAAACCUGAAGUGGAGCUGAAAUGGGAACACACCAAGGACGGGUUGAUCAUUUUCCCACCGAAGUUCGAAGUCAAGUUUGUUGCAGUUGAAGAAGAAGAGGCAGAGGUAGAAGGUACAGAGGCAGCACCCCAUCCGGUGUCCUCAUCCGAAGUGCCGCCAGCUUUUGAAGAAGUAGAAGGGGCUCCUACUUCUAUAGCAGAUCCGCCGCCCCCUCCAACUGAAGAAGAGCCACUUCCUCCGCCUCCCCCUGCAAAGGAGCAACCGCCACUUCCAACGGAGUAGUUAUAGGAUUUUUUGUUUAUUUCACUAUUUUUUUUUUUUUUUGGUUUGCAUUUGUAGUGAACAAUUUUGUAAAUUUCAUUAAUUUAUAAAAUUUGGAAGUUAUUCAUGAUAUUUGUGCUUUAAUGUUUGAGUUUUGUUUGCACUUUAAUUUUUGAAGUAAUUCACUUCAGAUAAAGUGAACUUUAAUGAAUACAAGUAAUUGAC